AUGGCGGACUCCCGGGAUCUUGAACCCCCGCCACAGACCCACGUCGAGGACCCGGGGGCCCAUCAGCUUGCUGAGGCUUCAGACUCGGAGGAUCAGUUCACAGACGCACAGUCCGCGCCCACGAGCCCCGGCGUCAGCUCACCGGUCCCUAAGACACGAGUGGAACUGGUCGACAACGAACCAGCAUAUGGAGAAGUGCCCGGCACUCAAGCAUACGAGAAGAGAGAGCAAGAUGCUGAACCCGACGAGAUUGCCGUUGUUCCCGAAAAUGCUACCGAGCCAACGCCACCCACUCCUUUCGAGCCAGCCGAUAUCCCUGUAACGAUGGUUGAAGAGUCCAUUGGUGACUAUCCCGGCCAAGACACUCCGCAGGAGCUGGAGAAGCAUAGAGCAGACGCUACCCCUGAUAUUAUACUGAGCCCUAAUGGCGAGUUAAGGAGCGGCAACGAAGAUGCUAUUUCUGAUGCCCCUCUUUCGCCUGCCAUUUCUGCAGCCCAUUCGAGAAGAGAGUCUGUAUCAUCUCAGCCAACGGUCUUGGCCGAACCAACAGAAGUAGCUGUUACUGGCAGUGGAGGUGGCGAUGGCGAUGAUGGUGUGACGGCCGAGGAAGGCGGGGAAGAAGCUGAGGAAGAAGCUGGGAAAGAAAUUGAGAAAGAAGCUGAGAAAGAAGCUGAGAAAGAAGCUGAGAAAGAAGCUGAGAAAGAAGCUGAGAAAGAAGCUGAGAAAGAAGCUGAGAAAGAAGCUGAGAAAGAAGCUGAGAUAGAAGAUGACAAAGGAGAUGAGAAAGGAGAUGAGAAAGAAGAUGACAAAGAAGAUGAGAAAGAAGAUGAGAAAGAAGAUGAGAAAGAAGAUGAGAAAGAGGACGAGAAAGAGGACGAUAAGGCAGACGAUAAGGCAGACGAUAAAGCAGACAAUUUCGGAGAUGAUUUCGGAGAUGAGAAGGAAGACGGCGAAGAAGACGAUUUCGGAGAUGACUUUGAUGACUUUGAAGAAGGCGGCCACGAUGAUGACUUUGAUGACUUUGAGGAUGGUUUCCAACACGCUGAACCUACUACGGCUACGACAUCGGCACCUCUCCCGGUUCAACCCCAACACUCAUUACCAUUCUCGAUACCCGACUUUGAUGGGCUGAGCCCCGAUGAAGUCACAUCCGCAAUUGAACCGUGUUUACAUGAUCUCUUCCCUCCCGAGGAACUCGACUUCCAGGCCUUCCCACCGAUAUCCAAAGACUCAUCAUCCAUCUUCCUCACGCCACGCUCCGCCUCUCUGUGGUCUCAGCUCGUUGCUCCCCCGCCCUUGGCACCACCCGACUGGAUCCGUUCGCGAACCCGCCGUCUAUUCCUCGUCUCUCUCGGAGUCCCCGUGGACUUGGACGAAAUCCUUCCGGCAUCCAAGCAAAAGAAGCUUGUGCUGCCGUCGCUUAAUAUCCCUGCCGCCUCGCCUAGAGGGUCAAGUGACUUGCGCUCGGCGACAAGACUAAACCAAGGAGAUGGAAACGCCUCAUCAACGUCAGUGGACUCGCAUGGCAAACCGUUGGCGUCUAAGAGGAGGAAAGGACCGCCUCCCCCGCCGGAGUUGGACUUGGUUGUGGCAAAACAUGUCUGCCAGACGACCGACGAGGCGUUGAGCGGCAUGACUGAUGAGGAACUAAAGGGCCAUGUAGCCAAGCUGGAGGCCAUGCAGGGAGCGGCCAAGGAGGUACUGGAUUACUGGACAAAACGGACGGAUGAAAAGAUUGGGGAUCGGGAGGCAUUUGAAGGAGUUAUAGAAAACUUGGUGGCACACGCACGUAAAGUACGAAAGUAG